UGCAUAAAGUCCUUUCCCCUUCCUGCAUCACCACCGUUAAGAGUCAGCGCUGACGUUCACUGAUUUAAAUCAUCAUCAGGGAUCAUACGCACACAGAAGAGCAGAAACUACUGAACAAAGAACAUUCUUGCAACUCAACUCAUUUGACUUUUACAGCUCAGAAAUGGAACGAGGAAUGAUCCUGUUGAUUGCUGCACUGGUGGUCUAUGUGGCACCGGAUGUCCAAGGAACCUUUCAUUUGUCAUUUGCCGAUAAUAAUACACAGGUGAACAUCACUCGAGAUGGUUGCGGAACCACUAAACUGUGUGUGGAGACCCCAGACAACUGCGAUCCUGCUGCCACAACUGGAGGCUGUCUGUUUGCGUCUGUGGUCGCCGGCACCUCAAUGGCUCCCAACGGCACUAAACUGUCCAUCGAACUCAGGGGAUACUCCAUGGGAUUCGUCGCAUUUGGUCUCACUACGAAUGCCACAGUGGGCACCAGCAUGCUUUUCAUCUGCUCUCAAAACAUGUCCAACAAUGGGUCGUUCUUCUUCCGGACAAGGAAUAGAAACAACACCAAUGAAAUGCUGACUCCAAGUGAGAGGAUAACGAAAGAAAUCGUUGGUAUGGUGAACGGAAAUAUCAUUUCCUGUGAGUUCGAUAUCCCAAACGCGAACUCCUCUACCAAGACCACGAUGGAUACCAACUACCAGAUAAUCCUCCUGAAUGGGACUUAUAAUAGAUGGUUUUGGCAACGGCGUCGUCCGACUGACCACAGAUGUUCUGAACAUCUCCAACCCGAUGGCCAACAUCCCCGCCACCACACAGGCACCCAACACAACCAUGGCCAACAGCGGCGGAGCUGUCCACCCUCAUGCUAUUCUGUCCCUGAUGAGCGUCCUCACCCUGUUCGUCAUGCUGAGAGCUUGAAAGUCCUGUCCGGUUGGAUACAAUGAAGAGAAAAACUGAGUGUCAAGCUAUGUAUACAAAUGUUAUUACUGAACUUAUUUGGACUUGUUUUAAUUAUCUUUUGCACUGUUUGUACUUUGAGCUGAAACUCCAGCUAAAAAAAAAAAUUAUAUUCAUGUGGCUUUUGCAAGGACUUCUUGUGGUAAAUAAUUAUUUAAUUUUCUGCAUAGGACUUUAUACUUUAUAUCUGUAUCUAUAUUACGGUUUUGCACUUGUGUGAACUUUUGCACCUAAACCCGUCCGUCCGGCGCCACAAGCAAUUUCUGCCAAUGCUAGUUGACGGACGAGUUUGAGUUGUUUAUUGUAACAUCUUGGCAGUUAACCUCAAAUGACAAACAGCCAACAUCCUCAAUGAGAAACCCAACCCAAGAGUGUGUUUAUUCUAUUCUAUUCUCUACAUGUGAAAUGUACUGUGACUGUAAAAUAACUUUUAAGGGUACGGCAAAGGAGUUCUAAAAUAACAAUAAAGAAAUGAAUGAAAUUCUGGUUU